UUUUGGGGAUGGUGGGUUUUUUUUGUAGACAAAACGACGUCUCGGUGAUUGAAACUACGGGAUCGUGUCUCUCUCUGCUUCUUCCUUCAAUCCGAUUUCGGACAACCUUUUUUACUCAGACAGAAGAAUUCGUUUCUCAGUCGUUGCUCCCUCUAAUGUAAAGUUUUAACACUAGAGGUAAAUAAACAUAAAGUGCUACAUCAAAAGGGAGCACAAGUGGAUAGUCUCUGCAUCAAGUAAACACUAUAGAAAGCAAUAUGGCUGAUACCAGUUCAAGGACUGAUGUCUCAACUGAUGGCGAUACAGAUCAUAGAGAUCAGGGAUUGUAUUUUCUCGAAAAUGUCACUCGUGGGAAGCUUGAACCGGGUUCCCUUGGUAAAACUUGGGACGAUCUACCGUCUGAGAGAGGGCAAAUGAUGCUUGCUGCUGCGUCUGAUUCCAGUGACCGAUCAAAGGAUAAGUUGGAUCAAAAGACCCUUCGUAGGCUUGCUCAAAAUCGUGAGGCAGCAAGAAAAAGCCGAUUGAGAAAGAAGGCGUAUGUUCAGCAGCUGGAGAAUAGUCGAUUAAAGCUGACUCAACUUGAGCAGGAGUUGCAAAGAGCAAGACAGCAGGGGGUUUUUAUCUCAAGUUCAGGAGACCAAGCUCAUUCUACUGGUGGAAAUGGGGCUUUGGCAUUUGAUGCCGAACAUUCACGGUGGCUUGAAGAAAAGAACAAGCAAAUGAAUGAGCUGAGAUCUGCUCUGAAUGCUCAUGCAGGUGAUACUGAGCUCCGGACAAUUGUAGAUGGAGUGAUGGCUCACUAUGAGGAGCUUUUCAGGAUUAAGAGCAAUGCAGCUAAAAAUGAUGUCUUCCACUUGUUAUCUGGAAUGUGGAAAACACCAGCUGAGAGAUGUUUCUUGUGGCUUGGCGGGUUCCGCUCAUCCGAACUUCUCAAGCUUCUUGCGAAUCAGCUAGAGCCCAUGACCGAACGACAGGUAAUGGGCUUAAAUAGCUUGCAGCAGACGUCGCAGCAGGCGGAAGAUGCGCUAUCUCAAGGGAUGGAAAGUUUACAGCAAUCCCUAGCUGAUACUUUAUCCAGUGGUACUCUUGGUUCCACUUCAUCUGAUAAUGUUGCGAGCUACAUGGGUCAGAUGGCCAUGGCAAUGGGGCAGUUAGGCACCCUCGAAGGAUUCAUCCGCCAGGCUGAUAACUUGAGACUGCAAACGCUGCAGCAGAUGCUUAGAGUGUUGACAACGCGUCAGUCAGCUCGUGCUCUUCUUGCCAUACAUGAUUAUUCAUCUCGAUUACGUGCUCUUAGUUCCUUGUGGCUUGCCCGGCCAAGAGAGUGAUACACAAGAAUAAAGCUCUAUACAUAAUCUUAUGACUCAAAUAGGGAGGGAUACUCCUUCGAAGAGAUCACAAAGCAAGGCCUUCUCAGAUUCUUACCAAAAGCAAUAUUUUGGGAAAGAAGACUACAGAUUUUGAAAAUGGUUUUCUGGGAUCUCCAAAGACUUUGAGUGUGGUGUUUGUUGUAAUCUUUAGCCAUCAGGUUGUGUAGUUUAUAGGGAGUGAAUGUUCAUAGGUCUUUGAAUGUUGAAUACAGAUAGGUCAUCAGUGUAAGGUGGAACAUGACAGAAGAUGGGAUCCGUUCAGGAACUUCGAUUGUAUGAUCAAAUCUCAAACAGACCAAUUCAAUUUAUAUAGAGAGUUAAAAAAAGACA